AUCUGGGGGACACAACUUGUGGUAAAGCAAAGGUCCAAGAAGGAGAGGUUGGAGAGGAAAAAGUACAUUGGAGAGUGGAGCCUGGUGUCCAGCACAGACAGCAGGAUGAUGAGUGUGUUGCCCACCAGGGUCAAGAGGUAGGAAGUGAAGACAACCAUGAAGAGAGUCCUUUCCAGUGCUGGGUGUUCAGAGAAGCCCAGAAGGAGGAAGCCCAUGGGGGAGCUUUGGUUAACCAUGGCCUUUUCUUGUUUGUACCUGGAGGGAUGAGGCUGUCACCCCAGUGUGAUUCAACCUGUCUUAUCAAAACUCAGCCUGGGUGUUUGUGAUGUCACAGUAGGUGGGUGUUUCUUUUCUGUCUUUGCUCGUCCAGCCUCUCUUUCUCAGGCUUAUCACCAUCCAGCAGCUCCUUCUCGUUCCCUGUUCCUUCUGAUCAAACGUUGUCUAGCAGAAGUGAGGAAACCACGAAUGUGCUGGAAAGCAGAUGGAACCUCACAUUGGUGCCUCUGACUUCCUGGAGGCGUCAAUCAGAGGCAGAGUGUAGAAUUAACAAAAAGAUUUCUCCUCUGUGUGUAUUGACUCCAUCCAUAGAAAAAUCAAUGAGUCGAUGUUUCAUUUUGAAUGGCGUCUUCAAAGGAGAAGAAGCUUUUAAGUUUGAUUAACUCAAAAUUCAUCAAUUAUCUUUUUGCAGAAAUACGUUGUGAACUUCCCAGCACAUCUGUUAGAAAGGAGGUCCAGAAAAAGAGCACAAAGAGAAUGGUCAUGCUAUUGCAGCAUAUGAUUCAUUUUUAUAAUCUGGUCUUCUCUUUGCCCCAUUCCUGAAAGGAAACCAGGCAACAUCAUGGAAAGAAAGAAUCAAACAGCUAUAACUGAAUUCAUCAUCUUGGGAUUCUCCAACCUAAAUGAAUUGCAGUUUUUACUAUUCACCAUCUUCUUUCUGACUUAUUUCUUUACUUUGGGAGGAAAUAUAUUAAUUAUCUUGAUGACUGUGACUGAUCCACACCUGCAUACACCUAUGUAUUAUUUUCUAGGGAACUUGGCCUUUAUUGACAUCUGCUGCACCACCAGCAAUGUCCCCCAGAUGAUGGUGCACCUCCUCUCAAAGAAAAGAAGCAUUUCUUAUUUGGGGUGUGUGGUUCAACUUUCUACAUUUGUUUUCUUUGUAGGAUCAGUGUGUCUCCUACUGGCAGCAAUGGCGUAUGAUUGUGACAUUGCAAUCUGCAAUCCUUUAAGGUAUUCAAUUAUUCUGAACAAGGUUCUAUGCAAUCAAUUAGCAGCCCCAUGCUGGGCUGCUGGUUUCCUUAACUCAGUGGUGCAUACAGUGUUGACAUUCCGCCUGCCCUUCUGUGGCAACAAUCAGAUUAAUUACUUCUGUGACAUCCCCCCUUUGCUGAUCUUGUCUUGUGGAAACACUUCUGUCAAUGAGUUGGCACUGCUAUCCAUUGGGGUCUUCAUUGGUUGGACUCCUUUCCUUUGUAUUGUACUUUCCUACAUUUGCAUAAUCUCCACCAUCUUGAGGAUCCACUCCUCAGAGGGAAGACGAAAAGCCUUUUCUACAUGUGCCUCCCACCUGGCCAUUGUCUUUCUCUUUUAUGGCAGUGCCAUCUUUACAUAUGUACGGCCCAUCUCAACUUACUCACUAAAGAAAGAUAGGUUGAUUUCAGUGUUGUACAGUGUUGUUACCCCCAUGCUAAACCCUAUAAUUUACACAUCGAGGAAUAAGGACAUCAAAGAAGCUGUCAAAACUAUAGGGAGCAAGUGGCAGCCACCAAUUUCCUCUUUGGAUAGUAAACUCACUUAUUGA